CAGGUCGUCCGCACCGGUGUAUUCGUCUGUGAGCUUUCGAAGGAGAUUCACGCGGCGCCCCGGCGCUUUUCGUCGUCGCCGCAAGCAGCCGGCGUCAGGACCCUUUGCCCUUUAGUAAAGUAGAGUAAAUCAAAGUAAAGAGAAAAGAAAUCCGGGGCGACUUCGGGGGUUAAAAUGUGAAAUAGAAACGAUAGAGGGAUCGUAGAGCCCGUUUCUCUUUUUUGUCGCGGGUGUAGAUUUUCCACCGUUGGACGUAUCGCGGUACAUAAACAGUGUGUGUGAAUAUCGUUAGUUGCGAAAAAGUUCGCCAACACUACGACCCCUAAGUGCAGUUCGUGCAGUACCGUCAUGGCUUGGAGAGGGUGAAUUUUUCAGCCCAGCACUGCUCCUUCGUUUCGGUUUUUCAACGAGAAACGGCGAGCUAGAUACACUAAUCAGGAUGUACACGGUGGGCUUGCACUCGGCGCUGGCGAUCAAGCGUCAGCGCAAGCGUCGGGACGAGCAGCGUCGCGCCCGCGAGCGCCGUUACAGCGCCCAGAGCGGCGAGAGCGGUUUGACGUCACCGAGAGCAUCGACUGGCUCGCUGGACCACCACCCCCGUCACCACCACGCGGCGCAGGUGCACCGAGCGGCGGGCGAGGGGGUGCUCGACUCGAAGGUGGUGACGUCGGUGGGGAUGCUCCACAUCGGCGUCGUCUUCCUGGUCCUGGGCGCCUUCCUCUUGGCGAGCGGUCUCCUCCCCGGCGACAUGGCAAGCUGGAGUUCCAAGGGGAGCGGCGGCUGGUGGAACGAGCUCGUCGCGACGGGGAUAUUCGCCUCGGUGAUGGGCAUCUUCUUGAUCGUCCUGAACAAGGUCAUAGCCAAGAAGGAGGAGGACGACCUCGAGGAGUACGUCCAGCGACAGCUGACCAGAUCCAGGUCAGGACAUCGCUUGGAGCGCGACGUCGAGACCGGUGGUUUGACCACCCGACACGCGAGGCGUGCCAAGCAGCUCAAGGCCGUCGUCACGUCUUCCGGCACCCUCUCCGUCGACGAGACCGAGCCCAACGUCGACGGAUCGCCGCCCCGAAGCCCCCCGCCUGCCUACUCGCCGCCCCCCGCCUCCGCGGCCGAUCCUCAACCCCAACCGGCGCAUCUUCUCGAGCAGAUAACCGAGGAGGAGGCGAACAACGACAGGAUCGAGACCUCGACGACCCCCAGCGUCAGCCCCGGGUCACCCUGCGAUACCCGAGAGUUGAUACACCCCGACAACACAUUCUGCAACCUCAAUGGAAACCAUCCGCAGGCUCACAGGCCGCUUUACGUUCACGUCUCGAGGAUCUGAAGGAGCCGGAUUUGCCGGUUUUUUU